AUAAGAUGAACUUCCUAAGACAGGAGCAACCGGCUGGCAUGCCUCAUAUCUCCAUCAAGCUGCUCCGAGUGUUUGGCGUUACCAACCAUUCAGAGGAACGCUUUCGUAUCGUGCCGGUUAUGCUGACCUACUUUUUCUUCAUAGUAGUGCCCAAGUGCUUCUUCGGAUAUCCCGACCUUGAGAUAACAAUCAUUGGCACCGCUGAGCUGAUUUUCCAAACCAACUCCUUUUGCGGAAUGUUUCUGUUGUUUCUGAACAGACGCAAACUGGCUGAGUUCAUUCAACAUGCUAGAAGUUUUUCCCAAACGGUUAUCCGUGCGUCACCUCCAGCGGUGGUCCAGCAUUUGACGACCCAGCACGACAUGAUCCACAAGAUAACCAGAAUCUUCUGCAUCGUAGUGAUGUUUGCAGCUCACUUCUACGCAUUAGCUCCUUUUCUUUCUACGCUCUACACGUUCUACGGUACGGUACGGAACAAAAACGCAACCAUGCACUACACGCUACAAAUGGAGGAAAACUUCUACGGACUACAGACUCGCACCUCGGCUACGCACUACCUGAUCUUCGGUGUCGUCAUGACGCCUACCGCGUAUCUCUGUGCCUUUACCGGCACGGUGAAGACUCUAACCAUCUGUAAUAUUACUACCUACUGUACCCUUUACUUUCAACUGGUACAACUGAAGCUACAAACUGUAACGCAGGACAACACAUUCCGUAAAGAGUUGAAGUCGGUGAUCAAGAUGCAUCAGGAUGCACUUAACUGUGCAAGUCUGGUAGAAUCUAUCACGUCACUAGUGCUGUUACAGCAACUGCUUCUAUGCGUAUUGAUCUGGAGCUCAAUGCUGCUUUACUUCACCGUAUCGGGAUUCAAUGUAAACUUUAUGAACCUUUUCGUACUGUUCGUGUUCGACACAACGGAAACCUUUGCCUACUGUUAUCUUGGGGAAAAGCUAUCGUACGAGAGUGCUCGUGUAGCACAUACCGUUUACGAAAGUGGCUGGGAAACUCAAACCACCGACAUACAGAAAGAUCUUCAGCUAAUUCUUGUCCGUGCUCAAAGUCCAGUUGGCAUCACUGCUGGCAAGUUUUACUACAUGAACAUGGAACAGUUUGGCAUUAUAGUAAAAACUACCUACUCGUUCUUUGUGAUAUUGCGGGAUCAGAUUUAAAAAGGAUUUCAUGUACACCACACACCACCCGAAGAGAGCAAAUUUCACUUACACAAAAAAACUCACCAACCACUGUAGUACUUCAGUAAAACAACACUAAAAUUGCACUACGUAUGUUCAACUAGAUCCAACAAGCGAUGCUUACCUAAAAGUAGAGAAAUAAUAAAACAAACACUAAUUAGUUGUGUUGCAAUGCAAAAUAAAAAGAUGAACAUAUGUUACGCCAUCAUCA